AUGGAUAACCAGUUGUUUUGCAAAGCGUCAAAGUGUACCUUCCACGUCACAUCAGUGGAAUACCUUGGGAUAAUUGUCUUGGACAAAGGCUUUAGUCUGGAUAAACUCAAAAUCCAGGCAGUUCAAGAAUGGCCUACGCCCACCAAGGUUAAAGAGGUACAAUCCUUCCUUGGAUUUGCCAACUUCCUCCGCCAAUUCGUUGCCAACUUUAGCCACAUGGCCAGACCGCUACACAACCUGGUCAAGAAAGAUACGGCUUGGAAUUGGGGUCCUAAAGAACAAGAAGCUUUCCAGGGGUUAAAGGAUGCUAUUACCAAUGCCCCAGUCCUAUGCCACGCCAACCCUGCAAAACCUUAUUUCCUGGAAACAGACGCCUCAGGAAGACAGACGUUACACCCCUUAGGAUUCCUGUCAGAAUCGUUCAAGGGAGCGGAACAAAACUAUGAUACCCACAACAAGGAACUAUUGGCUAUCAUACGAUCCUUUGAACACUGGCGUAUAUUCCUGGAAGGAACUGCACACCCAAUCACCGUGUUUACCGAUCACCGCAAUCUGGAGUACUGGAAGGAGUCAAGAACCUUCAACCGUCGCCACACACAAUGGCACCUUCUACUAGCCGGAUACAACUUCCAGAUCGUCUAUUGCCCCGGGAAACAAUCAGGGAAACCGGAUGCACUUUCACGCCGCCCAGAUCACGCCAACAUCCCUCCAACCAACCAAACCAUGCUCCCAGAUCCUGUCUUUGCCAACGUUGCGCUAGUCUUGCCAGAAAAGGAAUUACAACGCCAGAUCAAGCGAUCCCUAGACCAAGACAAGUCCUUGGAAGAAAUCCUCCAAUUCCUCCAAAAUGAAUCAAAGGCACCACCUUCCAUCAAACGGGCAUUCAAGGAUUAUGAAAUGGAAGCCAGGUUGUUAUUCUACCAAGGACAAAUUGUAGUACCAGAUGUAGGCACCCUAAGGACGGACUUACUACGGAUAUUCCACAAUAGCCCCUUAGCUGGACAUCCUGGUAGACAACAAACCUUGGAAUUGGUCUCGCGCAACUACUACUGGCCUGGCAUCCGUGCAGACACUUAUUGGCACGUGGACUCCUGUGAAACAUGUCAACAAAUUAGGAAGCCCAAGUAUGCGUCUAUCCCACCUCAGCCCCUAGAACUCCCGACUAGACCCUGGCAACACGACGGAAACCACAACUCAAUCCUGGUCAUAGUAGACAGCUUCACCAAGUAUGGGGUUUUUGUCAAAUGCUCCAAGAAGCUAAAGGCACCUGAGCUAGCGGAGUUGUUCCUGGAACACAUAUGGAAACGCCACGGCAUGCCGGAGAAAACUAUAUCCGAUAGAGGGAGGGUCUUCAACAAUAAAUUCCUGCGGGCCCUGUACAAACGCCUUGGCAUUGACCCACACUUCUCAUCGGCAUAUCACCCCCAGAGCAACGGACAAACAGAACGAGUCAACCCUUCUAUCAAACACUUCCUCAGGGCUUAUUCAGGGGUCAAUCAACGGGACUGGACUAAAUGGCUCCCUAUGGCGGAGUUCGCAUACAACAAUGCCGUACACAGUAGCACGGUAAAACCCCCUUCAAAGCGCUACGUCCCGGAAGCAGAUGAUCUUGCCCAAACAAUGGAAGUUCAAUGGAAGGAGGUGGAAGCCGCCCUCCGGCAAUCUAAGCAACGAAUGACAGCCGGAGAAGAUGGAAGCCCAAUUGAAUUCGAAAUUGGCAAAGAAGCCUGGUUGGACGCCAAGAAUAUUAACCUUAAAACACUAAGUCCCAAACUAACGGAACAACGUCUGGGACCCUUUAAGGUUAUUGAAAAAAUCUCCGACCAAGCUUACCGCUUGGAACUUCCCCCAACCAUGCGGAUCCACAACGUCUUCUAUGUGGGACUCUUAUCCAAGGUCAAGAGGGAUAAGAAGCGUACCUUUGAAAGUCGUCCCCCUCCAGUCACCGUGGACGGGGAAGAAGAAUACAAAGUAGAGGGGAUAACAGACAUGGAGGAAAGGAACGGAGAAUGGUUCUUCAGAGUCAAAUGGAAGGGCUACGGACCAGAAGAGAACACGUGGGAGCCCCGGGAAAACCUCAAAAAUGCGGGGAAAAUUUUGAGAAAAUAUGAAGAAGAAAUGAGAAAAAAGGCCCUUGGCGCUGCCAAGGCCCUUAGAGGGGGGGCAGUGUUGUAG